UUGCAGACAUCCAAUUGCGAGCAACAACUAGUGGAGGACUAUCAACGAUUGUUCCGUGACGAUCUUUUGACGGACUUUACAAUUCGGGUUGGAGGACGAGAAAUUCGUGCUCAUAGGGCAAUUUUGGCUGCUAGGUCUCCCGUAUUCCAGGCGAUGCUUAUGCAUGAAUUGACAAAUGAGACGAAGAGUGGUAUCCUGGAAAUCUGUGAUCUGGAUUAUGAAGUGGUCUAUGAGCUUAUCUAUUAUAUCUAUUGUGGUAGAUGCCAAAAAGAGAUUGGCGACAUAGCAACCGAUUUGCUAAUAGCAGCUGACAAGUAUCGACUGGUGGAGUUGAAGAAUCACUGCGAGAAAUUCCUUGUGGAGAACUUGUCCAAUGAAAAUGUGUGUCAGCUACUAAUAUUAGGAGAUUUGUACAAUGCUGAACGACUGCAGGAACGAGCUGUACAGUUUAUACUUCAACGUCCUAAAUACAUCACAUCAACGCCUGGAUGGGACGAUAUACUGAAGCAACAUCCUCACCUAGUGACCAGAAUUGUUAAUCAUUUCGACAAGGUAGGUUUUUUUGGAAAUUGCUCCUCUGCAUUUGAUUGGGGUAGAAAUGAUUACUUCAAGAACAACCAUACACUUUUUUUUUCCAUAGCACAGCGAUGA